AUGUCCCGUCCCGCAGCCCUCAUGCACCAGGGUCAUGGGCCCAGGCCUAUCAGUAGCAAGCCUGAGGUGUCUGAAACCGCACUCAACUCGGGCGAUUGCGAGGGCAUUACGGAGGUCAUCAUCGGCGCCAACGACCGCGAUAUGUCCCGUCCCGCAGCCCUCAUGCACCAGGGUCAUGGGCAGACGGCGCGCUCUGGCAGACAGAGCAGCGGCCGCCUGGGCGGCUGCUGCUCCGCCCCGUCCGAAUCCGUCCGCCCGCGCGUGCUGCUGCCGCCGCCGCCGCCGCUCCACCCGACCGGUACUCGGGUUUGGAUGGUAGCGGGGGGCCCCGCCGGAGCCUGGUUACUGAUUUUUGCGUGCUGCAUCUACUUCGCCGCUUCCGCCCACUUUGCGACAGCGCUUCCGCCGCCCACGCCGCCGCCGCUCUCUAACAUGCUCGCCGCCGCCCUCUUCGCAUUCGCUCCGCCUGCCGGCUCGAGCCCCGGCCGGGCUGACAUCUUCCGCGUCGCUCGCAUGAAAGUUGCUCCAGCGCCUUCGGAGGUUCCGGCGUCGCUCCAGUCUCACCAAGUCCGCAUCGCGGGCGAGGACGAACUACAGGCGGUCGCACGGCUCAUGCUCGACGUGUUUGCGCCGGAGUCACCCGCAGCUCCGGCGCUGCUGCCCUUCAUGACCUCCCUCCUCGAGGCGAACCAGAGAACUGCGCGGGCUGCGGCGGCAGGGAGGCUCGCGGCCGAGCUCUCGCAGCGGGUGGCCAUUGGCAGCACCAUCUUCAUCGCGGCCGAGGCCGGUGUGCCGGCCGACGGAGCCGAGGGCGGGCUGCCUCUGCUCGGCACCGUCGACCUCUCCUCGCAAGAGAUGGAGCUGCCGACGCAUGGGCUGACUGGCUCGCUGUACAUGUCCACCCUCGCCGUCGACAGCGCGCACAGGAAGCGAGGCCUCGGCCGCGCGCUGCUGCGAGCUGCGGAGGCGGAGGCCAGCGCGCAGGGCGUGGAGGGCAUCUACCUGCACGUCGAGGCGGCAAACGCUGGCGCCCUCAGCCUCUACCGGGGCGCCGGCUACAGCGCCGUGCAGCCCACGCCGCUCCUCACCACCUUCACGCGCGCGCUGCACCUCACGCACGCAGACCCGAUCCUGAUGUUCAAGCGCGUGCCGUGCGACGGUGCGGCGAGGUAA